AAAUAACAAACAACACAAGUCUUCAACACUCCUAUUAGUCCUCGUCUCAUUUUUCUCGUGCUUUCAUUUAUUAUCUUUCCGUAUAUGUGUAUAUAUAUUCCCAUCAAUCUCUCAAACUCUGAUCAUCCCUCUCUCCCUUUUCUGUUUCAAAACUUCCAACAAUUAAAAAAAAAUCUCAUAAAACCCAAAUGUCAAGAUCAACGGUGGAACUUGAUUUCUUUGGGAUGGAGAAACAGACCACUCCCAAAUCUAUGGCUCAGGAUAAGCUCCUUCAUCGCCGACGAAGCUUUCGUGAUAUUCAGGGUGUGAUUUCGAAGUUGAAUCCUGAGUUUCUCAAGACUGUUAUUGAGUCUGGGUCUGUGAAUCAGAGCUUGGUUGGGAAAUCGUCGUUUUCGGUUCCGUCGUCUCCGAAAGAUGAUCGGACCCUCUUUCCUGCUUUGCCUGUUUAUACUCCUGUCUUCAGGCCAAAUUCUUGUUCUGAAGGCACUCCUCUGACCAUUUUCUACAAUGGAACCGUUGCUGUUUUUGAUGUCCCUCCAAACAAGGCUGAGAAUAUCUUGAAACUUGCUGAGAAAGGAGUCUCGAAAGCUGUUGAAUCAUCAGAUUCGAAACUUAUGGAGACACUUAACAAUGGAGAUCUACCAAUUGCUAGGAGGAAGUCAUUACAGAGCUUCUUAGAGAAGCGCAAAGAGAGGCUGACUUUGGCUUCACCGUAUGCAUUUUUGGUCCACGGCACUGCGGGACCUAAACAUUAAAAAGAAAGGAGGAGAGAGAGACAUAUGGAUGGAUGGAUGGAGAAGAGUCGAGGGUGGCUCUUACUUUGAUUAUUGUUCUCUCUUUUGCUUUCACGACUAAGCAAUACCUAGUAUAAUAGUAUAAUUGAAGGCAAUGCACGUUUUAGUAGUGUUAUUUCGAAGUGUAGGUAAAAAUGAAAUUGGAGAGAGGGGAUUGGCAAUUGUAGUAGUUGCCAUUGUUGAUUUGUUGACCCCUCUCUCCUCUUUCCUCGCACUUUCCUUCUGGCUUUUUUUAGCCCAAGACAUUGAGGCUACUUUCGCCUUUUAUUCAUGUAUGACUUGUAUUGUUGUUCUUGUGUGUACAAGAAUCAUUUUUUUUUUGCUUUUCUUUUA